AUGCCGGCGGGCGUGACCGACCCGACCUACAAGCCCCCGCCGGGGCGCCUGGGCAACCUCACCGUGGCGCAGCAGCACGCGCUCGAGACGCUGCGCAAGCAGCUGCAGGACGAGGGCCACUUUGUGCCCGAGCGCAUGGACGACGCGACGCUCCUGAGGUUUUUGAGGGCGCGCAGGUUCGAUGUGGCCAAGGCCAAGGCGAUGAUACUCGCUGCUGAGCAGUGGAGGAAGGAGUUUGGGGUGGACGACCUCGUCAAGAACUUUGAUUUCAAGGAAAAAGCAGAGGUGGACAAGUACUACCCGCAGUACUACCACAAGACGGACAAGGAGGGGCGGCCCGUCUACAUCGAGCGCCUGGGCAAGCUGGACAUCAAGGCGCUCUACGCGAUCACGACCAUGGACCGGCAGCUCAAGCGGCUCGUCUACGAGUACGAAAAGUUCCUCAACGAGCGCCUUCCCGCGUGCUCCAAGGCGAUCGGGCACCCCGUCGAGACGUCCUGCACGAUCCUCGACCUCAAGGACGUCUCCCUCUCCAACUUCUACCGCGUCAAGGACUACGUCUUCCAGGCGAGCAGCAUCGGGCAGGACCGCUACCCCGAGACGAUGGGCAAGUUUUACAUCAUCAACGCGCCCUGGGCGUUCAGCGCGGUCUGGGCGGCGAUCAAGCCGUGGCUGGACGAGGUGACGGUCAGCAAGAUCGAUAUUCUGGGCAGCGGGUACAAGGAGAAGAUCCUGCAGCAGAUACCGGCGGAGCACCUGCCGAAGGAGCUCGGCGGGACGUGCGAGUGCCCCGGGGGCUGCUCGCUGAGCGACGCGGGCCCGUGGAAUCCGAGCUCGGCGGACUAUGUGGGCGAGAAGGCGUAG